AUGUCAUCGCCUCUCAAGCCGCAGCCAGAGGCCGUCGCCGAUAAAGUCCUCAAGAGGGUGGAAGUCAGCAAGAUUGCCCGUAAACUUCAAGGUCGUCUAGCUCUAGCACAUUUCAAGACGAGGCAUGGCUGGGAAGACCUGACCCUCGACAACAUCGAGCCCAAAAUCGACGAGGUCCGGAGGAAUCACCGCCUCCAAGUCCAGAUACAAGAUGGGGAUGUCAUGUCCGACUCGUCCUCCAGCACUGGGGAACUCCCAUACCCUACCAGAGGGCUGAUGAGCUCUCCGCUCAAGGCCCCUUUAUUUUCAGAUGCUAUCGGUUCGAGCAAUGGCAGCACUGGCCACCGCAAGCGAACAUACAUGGCCUCAUUCGACCUCGAGAUAGCCAUGUCGAGUCCGGCCAAGCGCUAUAGAUCUUCACCUACACUCCACAAGUCCUUGGCCGGUGCCACCUCUUUAAAGGCACACCGCCAACUAAUACAGUCUUCUCCCAUAAAACCCCGAAGGCAACAACACUUCACAACCUCGACCGGACCCGAUGUCUCCUUCUUCCAGGGGACCCGCCGGGUUUCAGUUGGCCUGGCCUCACCCAACUAUGCCGCCCCACCGUCCGACGACGAUGACGACCUGCUACCUACACAUUCCUUUCAGGUCAACCAGAGUUUCCCAGUGAACCAAACCCGUGCUUCUCCUCCCAGCACGCCGCCCAUGCGCAACCGUUCACUUCACCGCCGCAGCAAAGAAAAGCUGGACGAGACCAAGGAGGAGGGUGCUGAUCUGCUCCUCUAUCUGGCCGCCUCUCCCUCGCCUGCGGUCAAGAGCAGGUCAAGAAUGGAACCACCCUCUACGCCAACACCACGCAAAGAUAUGGGUCUACCAUCUUCCAUGAUGACUACUCCCGGAGGCGCAGGCAGCAGUAACCUACUUUUCCCCGCCACACCUGGACAGCCUUUUGACUUUUCAGAUUUUGUCAAUAUCACCCCAAGCCCAGCACAGAAGCCGUGGAGAACACCACGUGCAUUGGCCAAGACACCCAUGAGUGUGGUCAGAAGAAGACUCACAUUUGACGAGCCUUUACAUGGCCUCUAA